UCUAGGGAACCUUAGAAAGCAGCUUAGUUAUACAAUCACAGGGAAAUAAUUGGGUGUGAGCAAGGUUAUUGGUUCAACUAUAAAAUCAAUUGCAGUUCUCUUAUUGUUAUCACUUGUUCCAUUGAGGUAAAACGUGAUUGUUAAAAUGUACACUCUGGGAGCCAUCACUUUCUUCGCUGUAGUAGCUGCAGCUUCUGCCAGCCUCCAUGGUAUCCACGGAGGUGCAGUAAUUGCAGGACCAGCUGGUUCCAUCACCGCCAACGGCCUAGGCCACGCCGCAGUGGUCGGACCUACAGGCCUUAACUUAGGACACGCCGGUCUUGGUCUUGGAGUCCUUGGCGCCCCAGGACUCUUGGCUGCCCGUGGAUUGGGUCUUGGAGCUCUCGGACCACUUGGACUAGCUGCUCAUCUUGACGUUGGUCAUGGUGGUCUCGUAGGAUCCGGAAUCGAAGGACAAUGGGUCCCAGACAUCAACGAACACCUUUACGAUGACGGUUCUUACAAACCUCACGUAUACGAAGUCAAAGAUUCAGCUUCACCAGUUGGAGUUUUGGUACCUGCCGGAUCAGGCUUGGAAGGACAAUGGGUGCCUGAUAUCAACGAGAGGCUUCACGACGAUGGUUCUUACAAACCAGAGAUCUACGGAGCUUGAGAACCUUGUAUUAUUAUUGACUGAACACUAGCUGUACCUCAUGUAUUGUUUUAUAAAGAAGUAUAUAAAUAAAUUUUUUUUCAUGAAAACGUU